AUGCAACAUGAGUGGUCUCCACAUUCAUGUUAUUUCUGCAAGAACCAAGAGCCAUUUAAGAAUUAUCAAAAAUACGAGUUAAUUGGACAAGGCGGCUUUGCAAAAGUUUAUCGUGGUAAACGAUUAUGUGACAACUACGAUAUUGCUCUCAAAAUAAUCGAUAAACAUCAAUUGAAACUUAAGAAUGCUCAAUCGCGUGUGAACGAAGAAGUUCAAAUUCAUUAUACGCUUCGAAAUCCACUAGUCGUACAAUUAUUGGAGGUGUUUGAAGACGAAAGUGAAAUAUGUUUAAUACUUGAACUCUGUGCAUGCGAUAUGCAGAAUUAUCUUAAUUCUAGACAAACUUUUACAGAAGAUGAAAUAGGUAAACCUCCAUUCGAUGAUCAUGAUGUGCUAUCAACAUUAAAACGUGUGGCUAGUGUAUCUUAUGAAUUGCCGCAUGAGUUGAGUUUUGAAGCAAAAGAUUUAAUUUGUAAAAUAUUACAAAAAGAUACAAAGAAGAGGUUAACCUUAUUACAAAUUAUCAAUCAUCCGUUUUUCUUAGUGAAAGAACAUUCAGUUCACAGUAUUACAUCAUUAAAAAAGAAUAUGUCAACCGACAGUGAUAUUAGUUUGUCGCCGUCAUUGUUGAGACCAUCUAGUUUUCAACGACCAUAUUAUUCUAAUACAUCGGGAAUUUCUGUUUCUUUAAAUCAGCAUCAAUCUCAGUCUCUAGCAACAAUGAAUAGUUCAUCACAUUCGUCAAAAUUAAAUACGUUACUACCACCAUUACAUUUAACUAAAACUCAGAGCAAUCUUAGUCAUAAUAGUAAAAAGAAUAUUCACAAUGUUCUAGUUAAAUUAAAUACACAAAGAUUAGAUAGUCGACAUGUGACAACAAAAAAUAACAUUUUAGAUAUAUUAUCCAAUGGUGAAGUAGUUAUUCAACAUAUAGUCGAUUCAAAGGGUACAAAACGAGUUGUGGACAUAUUUCGUGUAUCAGCUAAUGGAGAAAAAAUAAUUAAUUAUCGACCAGAUAAACAUCAUUAUAGUUCAUGCUUCGAAAAUAUUGAACAAUUAUCGCUGCCAGAUAAUUAUGAGGAAUUUACAUUUGAUAAUUUACCAGAAAAACUAUGGCAUAAAUAUCAGCGCGCAUUAAAAUUUGUUAAUAUCAUUCGUUCUCUAAGAUCUAAAAUUAUUAUGUUUACAAAAGAUACAAAAUGUCGAUUAAUGGAGACAACAAUUGAAUUUGAUGUAUUAUUCUAUGCAAAUGAUGCAAAAAUAUCAAUUUAUAGAAAAAAUUUGGAUGACAUUAAUUCACCAUUAGAAAUUAAAUAUGUUGAUGGUAAAGUGACAUCGACCUUAAUGUACGAUGACGUCGUUCAAUCAUCCGUCGAUCAAUUAAAUAUAUCAACUGAAACAAAACAAAUGAUUGAUAAAGCGAUCAAGUUACGCGAAAACUGUUUGAUGAAAAAUUGCAUACUUGAAGAACAUCACGCUCAAUUUCCAGGUGGUAGUACAUUUCCUGCCAUAUUUGGAGAAAAGCCGAAAUAA